AAAAACCCCUUACACCACGGCUCAUGCUCCUCCUUGGCUUUCCUACCUUCUUCUCUGAGUUCUCUCCGCGCAACGCCUGAAGAGUUUAGACACACCGAGCCACACCAUAACACAGGGUCGGUAUGAUCUGUUGCAAAAAUUAGUUCUCCAACUGCGUGGAGUUUGACAUGCUUGUGAAUGGCUUUGAGAGAGCUUACCAAAAGGGGUGUACGCACUGGUCUUACAAGAGCUUUGACUUCUGUACCACCAAGACCGGCAGGGCAGUCAAAAAUUUCACUUGGACUGGAUGAUGCCCCCACUUCAUUGAGAUGCAUAUCAGAGUUCCCUUUCAGCUUAGUGUUAUGGGGUUUGGCAGAUCACAAGAUGCAAGCAGUAUUGCCCCUUACAAGGUGUUUUCAUGCCACUCCAGAGCUGUGGGUGAAAAGGGCAAAUGAGCUAGUUCAUGAGAAGAAUUCCAAUACAAAAGCCUCAAGAAAAGGGAAGUUUGUGAAAAGAGUCAGGACUGAGCCACCUGUUGAAGCUCCUUAUGUGCCUCCUAAACUGAAAAGAACCAACACAGAUAAAACAAUUGACAUAUUUGAAGGCAUGACAAUUAUUGAGCUUGCCAAGCGUGCUGGUGAGUCAAUACCCGUUCUGCAGGAGAUUCUUGUAAAUGUUGGGGAAAAGGUUGAAUCUGAGUUUGACCCUCUCAGCAUCGACAUUGCAGAGCUGGUGGCAAUGGAAGUUGGAAUCAACGUUAGAAGGCUACACUCCAAUGAGGGUGCAGAAAUUUUACCCAGGCCUGCGGUUGUGACAGUUAUGGGUCAUGUCGAUCAUGGUAAAACUUCUCUUUUGGAUGCUCUACGUCAAACAUCAGUAGCAGCAAAGGAAGCUGGAGGCAUAACACAGCAUCUUGGAGCUUUUAUUGUGGGUAUGCCAUCAGGAGCUUCAAUCACAUUUCUAGAUACACCUGGUCAUGCUGCAUUCAGUGCAAUGAGGGCAAGAGGUGCAGCAGUCACAGAUAUAGUGGUGCUAGUUGUAGCCGCUGAUGAUGGGGUGAUGCCCCAAACUCUAGAAGCUGUGUCUCAUGCUAAAGCAGCAAAGGUGCCAAUUGUUGUUGCAGUUAAUAAAUGUGAUAAACCAGCUGCUGACCCAGAAAGGGUAAAACUCCAGCUUGCUUCAGAGGGCUUGCUUCUGGAGGAGAUGGGAGGCGAUGUUCAGGUGGUUCAAGUUUCAGCAGUAAAGAAGACUGGAUUGGAUAGCUUGGAGGAGGCUUUGCUUCUCCAGGCUGAAAUGAUGGAUCUGAAAGCACGAAUUGAUGGGCCUGCUCAAGCUUAUGUGGUGGAGGCACGACUUGACAGGGGACGAGGUCCGUUGGCUACGGCAAUAGUGAAGGCAGGGACUUUGGUUUGUGGGCAGCAUGUGGUUGUUGGCUCAGAGUGGGGUAGAAUAAGAGCUAUAAGGGAUAUGGUGGGGAAGUUGACCGAGAGGGCAACACCUGCAAUGCCCAUUGAAAUUGAAGGGCUGAAGGGGCUCCCAAUGGCUGGUGAUGAUAUUAUUGUUGUAGACUCUGAGGAGCGAGCUAGAAUGCUUAGUGAGGGGAGGAAAAAGAAAUUUGAGAAAAAUAGGCUUAGAAAGAUCAGCGAGGGGGCAACAGAGUCCUUAGAACCAUCAGAUGAGUUGUCUAGGAGGAUUGAAAUGCCAAUGAUAGUCAAAGGAGACGUUCAGGGCACUGUCCAAGCUGUCACAGAUGCAUUGAAGACUUUAAAUAGUCCUCAGGUUUUUGUGAAUGUUGUCCAUGUUGGUGUUGGGCCUAUUUCUCAAUCUGACGUGGAACUUGCAAAAGCUUGUGGUGCAUAUAUAAUUGGGUUCAACGUAAAGAGUGCGUCCAGUUCUAUCAGUCUGGCGGCCACUCAAGCCAGAGUAAAGAUAGUGCUGCACCGAGUGAUCUACCACCUUUUGGAAGAAAUUGGCAGUUUGAUAGUUGACAAGGCCCCUGGAACUAGCGAGACCCAGGUUUCUGGGGAGGCUGAGGUGCUGAAUAUAUUUGAGCUCAAAGGAAGGAGCAAGUCGAAGGGAGAUGAUGUGAAAAUUGCUGGCUGCCGGGUUAUCGAUGGCUGUGUCUCAAAAUCAUCAACCUUGAGGCUUUUGAGGAGUGGGGAAGUUGUAUUUGAAGGAUCCUGCUCUUCUCUUAAGCGGGAGAAGCAGGAUGUAGAGACAGUGAGAAAAGGAAACGAAUGUGGACUUGUGAUUGGUGAUUGGGCUGAUUUACGGAUUGGAGACAUCAUCCAGUGCUUGGAGCAAGUUGUAAGGAAGCCAAAGUUCAUUUCCUCAGAGAGUGGUGCCGUUCGAAUUGAGUGCUGAUGAACAUGUUCAAGAUGAUUUAGAUUUUCCCUUUAUUUUGAGUCUGAUGGUUUUGCUCUGCAUUUCUGCUUACACUCAUAGCAAAUGCUUGUAACAGCAGGGUCAGCCCCUGGAAGUUUCCAGCCAUUUUGCAACGAAUGAUCCAGAUGGAUUGUAAAAUAGUUGUUUGAAUACUAUUAUUCAUCCAAAUAACGGUAUUUUUUUUGUAGCGGCAGCUGAUUUUGAUCAGUGUAGGACAUUUUUUGAAAGGUCCUAAAAAAAUAUUUGGGAUUUUGAUACAACUUUUGCUGUAAAAUAGUGAAACUCGGCGAUCAUUGGAUCCUAAGCUGAAGAGGGAGGAAUUUAUUGAUUGAUUAUUUCUUU